UACCCGAGUCACUAGGUAAUGCAGUUUGACAAGGUGCUACAAUGAGUAUGCUAAUCACGAAUUGUUUUAUUCCUAAGUAAUUUCAAGAUAAAAUCUUAUAUAAAGGUCUGAAGAGGAGGUUGUUUCGCCAGGGCUUUUGCUACUAAAGUGUUUUCAAGCGUAGCAGUCUAGCAAUGGCUUCACUCGGUGCGCUAGUGCUCGUUGUAGUUUGCUUAAUGGUGAAACCCUCAGUUGGCUUCGUGGGCUUGCAAUUUGGCAGUUCAUCGUCAUCACCACAUGCCAAAGUCAGCAUGCUGAAACCGCAAGGAAUCAGAUUCGCCAUUCCAGAUGUCAACGGUUUAUCCCUGGUUUCCUUUCACUACAGCAUUAAUUCACCGUUACCUGGAGUGGCCGCUGGUCAAUUCGCGGUUGAUGUCAACACAAAAACUGGUAACGAAUGGGUGCAUGAGAACCCAAAUGUUGUUGUGAAACCCGGGGACACUGUAAACUACUGGUUUAACUACAUACAAAAUGGACAGGGUCACCUAGUGAAAGACCAGUCUUGGACCGCUUCCAAUCCAACAACAACCACAACAACUACUACUACAAGACCUACCACGCAUGCUCAAACACAGGCACCGGCAAAGACCGCAAAUCCUGUUUUAAGUAACAUGCAGGCGUACUAUAACAGUUUAAAUCAGACAUCGUCCGGGACUUCAGGUUCGCAGCCAACGUCAGGAUCUGCGAUUUCUGGCUCUGGAACAGCAACUUCCGGUACGCAGUCAGGCACUUCCGGCACACAAAACACCCAAAAUAAUGUCCUAUCAGGAACGUCAAGCCAAACAGCGACUUCAUCAGGAGGAUCUUGCGGUUGUACUGGAAAAUCAAUACGACCACCUGGAUCAGAAUUAACAUGCACGACUUUCCCGUGUAUGAUUUUCGAGGACAAUUUUGACUUUUUGAAUUUGGAUGUUUGGGAACACGAGAUAACUGCAAGCGGCGGCGGGAACUGGGAAUUUCAGUAUUAUACCAACAAUCGCACCAACAGUUAUGUACGAGAUGGGAAAUUAUUUAUAAAACCGACAUUUACUAUCGAGACAAUCAAUGACGGGCCGGAUAGCUUGACAAAAGGAUCUUUAGAUAUAUGGGGAUCACAACCAGGUGAUGUGUGCACAGGAAAUAAUUUCUGGGGCUGCAAGCGAGACGGGACACCAGAUCAUAUUAUCAACCCUAUUCAGUCGGCCCGACUCCGCAGUUCACGUGGCUUUAACUUCAAAUACGGCAAAGUGGAAGUUCGCGCUAAAAUGCCCACAGGAGACUGGAUCUGGCCAGCUAUCUGGAUGUUGCCCUUAAGAAACGCUUAUGGAAGAUGGCCAGCUUCCGGAGAAAUUGACAUCGUUGAGGCCAGAGGCAACCGUCAGUACCAAGACGACAAGGGACAUUCACAAGGCAUAGACAAUGCUGGCAGUACUCUGCACUUUGGAUCAGAUUUCUGGCACAACAAAUGGCCGAAGGCGCACGGAGAAAAGUUGGCGUCCUCUGGCACGUACGGAGAUUCAUUCCAUAAAUACGUUCUCAUCUGGGACGAAGAUCAUAUCAGUAUUUCAAUCGACGAUACGGAGGUCCUGAAUGUAACACCACAGACAAACAUGUGGGAGUACGGCGAGCUGGACAAGGAUGGUGUUGAAAAUCCCUGGGCUGCUGGUACUAAAAUGGCGCCUUUUGAUAAAGAGUUUUUCCUGAUAAUGAACGUUGCUAUUGGAGGAACGGGAUUUUUCCCCGAUAAAUUUGUCAGUCCUACAGGAAAACCAUGGAACGAUAAGUCAGAAUUCACAGCACGUGAUUUCUGGAAUGCACGUGGUCAGUGGUAUCCAACGUGGCAAGCGGACAAAAAUAAUGGAGAAGACGCUGCGAUGCAGGUUGAUUAUAUUCGUGUGUGGAAACUUAAACCCUAGAACUCUGUGUGGCUACAAUAACAUUGUAAUUAAAAGCUGUAAUAAAUGUUUACAUUAAAAGAUGACUUAAAUAAAGAUUAAAUUGAUUA